AUGUAUUUAUGGUUCGUGCGUUGGCACAGCUUUGUCAGAACACCUUGGGGAUCAACUUGGUGUGGUAUCGGUAUCGCAUCAAUUCCUGUGGCCAUAGCUCCCAUCAACAACUUGCUGUCGGCAUAUAUGGCUUUGGUGCCUCCGAAGUUGCUGUCGUGGAGAGAAAGCCCGCUCUCGCUUGAUCAAAGAUUUGGUCAUGGUCUUGCGACACUACUUGAAUGUAUUGUCGAAUGGAACCUGGGCGAGGACUAUGUAAUAGGCAAUGGCAGGGCUACUUAUGUUCGACCAUGGGAAUUGUUGAACAGUGUGAUGCACACCUGCGUCACAGUGCCUUGGUAA